CCCAGCUUCCCUUCACUUUCCAAAGUUUACUCCGGGCGGGGACGCCGGGUGGAAGGAGCCAUGGCUGUCUACCUCGGGAUGCUGCACUUUGGGAGGCUGUGCACUGCGAGCCUGCGGGUGCAUGGACCCCGGGCGGUCUUCUCUCGAGGUUGGCAGGAAAAGAAGUUGCAGUAUGUCCGCCCGCUCAGUUCUGGAGAGAUGAACUACACCAGCCCCUUGCCUAUCGGAGGCCUCAGCUAUGUUCAGGGCCACACCAACUUCCAUCUUGUCAAUACAACUGUGGGUGAGUGCCUGGAUGCCACAGCACAGAGAUUCCCCAACCGAGAGGCUUUGGUUAUCCUCCAUGAAAAUAUCAGGCUGACCUUUGCACAACUCAAGGAGGAGGUAGACAAAGCUGCUGCUGGCCUCCUGAGCCUUGGUCUUCGCAAGGGUGACCGGCUGGGCAUGUGGGGACCCAACUCCUAUGCAUGGGUACUCAUUCAGUUGGCCACUGCGCAGGCAGGCAUCAUACUGGUAUCUGUGAACCCAGCCUACCAGGCCAUAGAACUGGAAUACGUCCUCGGAAAGGUAGGCUGCAAAGCUAUUGUAUUCCCCAAGCAAUUCAAGACCCAGCAGUACUACAACAUCCUGAAGCAAAUCUGUCCAGAACUGGAAAAGGCCCAACCAGGAGCCUUGAAGAGUGAGAGACUCCCAGAUCUGACCACAGUCAUCUCUGUGGAUGCCCCUUUUCCGGGGACCCUGCUGCUGGAUGAUGUGGUGGCUGCUGGUGGCAAAGAGCAACAUCUGACCCAGCUGCGGUACACCCAGAAGUUCCUGUCUUGCCAUGACCCCAUCAACAUCCAGUUCACUUCGGGGACAACAGGCAGCCCCAAAGGGGCCACCCUUUCCCACUACAACAUUGUAAACAACUCCAACCUGAUAGGCCAGCGCCUGAAGAUGCCUAUGAAGACACCAGAGGAGUUGCGACUUGUCCUGCCCAGCCCCCUGUACCACUGCCUGGGCUCUGUGGGGGGCACAAUGGUUUGUAUGCUACACGGCGCUACCCUCCUCCUGUCUUCUCCGAGUUUCAACGGCAAGCAGGCGUUGGAAGCCAUCAGCAAAGAGAAAGGCUCCUUCCUGUAUGGCACUCCCACCAUGUUUGUGGAUAUCCUCAACCAGCCAGACUUCUCCAGUUAUAAUUUCUCAUCCUUACGAGGAGGUGUGAUUGCUGGGUCCCCCGCACCCCCAGAACUGAUCCGAGCCAUCAUCAACAAGAUGAAUAUGCACGAGCUGGUGGUUGUUUAUGGAACCACAGAGAACAGUCCUGUGACCUUCAUGAACUUCCCUGAGGACACCCUGGAGCAGAAGGCCGAAAGUGUGGGCAGAAUUAUGCCUCACACAGAGGCCCAGAUCGUGAACAUGGAGACAGGGGAGCUGACCAAGCUGAACACACCGGGGGAACUGCACAUCCGAGGGUACUGCGUCAUGCAGGGCUACUGGGGUGAGCCACAGAAGACCUUCGAAACUGUUGGACAGGACAAGUGGUAUAAGACAGGAGACAUUGCCUCGAUGGAUGAGAAGGGCUUCUGCAAGAUUGUAGGCCGCUCUAAGGACAUGAUCAUCCGGGGUGGUGAGAACAUCUACCCGGCAGAGCUCGAGGACUUCUUUCACACACACCCACAGGUGCAGGAGGCGCAGGUGGUGGGGGUGAAGGACAACCGGAUGGGAGAGGAAGUCUGUGCCUGCAUCCGGCUGAAGAGUGGGGAGACCACCACAGAAGAAGAAAUCAAAGCUUUCUGCAAGGGGAAGAUCUCUCACUUUAAGAUUCCCCGCUACAUCGUGUUUGUGGAAGACUAUCCUCUCACUGUCUCUGGAAAGAUCCAGAAAUUCAGACUCCGAGAACAGAUGGAACAACAUUUAAAACUGUGAAGCAAAGGAAGUGUCCUCUGAUCCCUCCCCAGCCUUCUCUGCCUUCCCCAGCCCUUCCAACCCCAACCCUCCGCAACCCUCCCCAGCAUUCCCAGCCCUCCCAGCCCUCCUGGGCCUCCCCAUACCCCUUUGUUGUCUUUGUGACUUGGCAUAAAGACUUCCCUGUUUGGCUGGUG